AUGCCUGUUUUCUCAGCCUACAAAUAUACUGGGCAUUAUACAGGAAGACAAUGUCCUCGAUGGAUGAUUGAGCCACAGCUUGAAACUGAUGGGGAAACAUAUGGGGAAAUGCGUGAACCAUGUGUCAGUCAGGCUUUCCCAGGAGACUACUGGGCAAAGAAGGAAUUGGAUCGUGGUCACUUAUUUCCCAACAGCCAUGCAGCUGAUAACAUCACUGCUGAAUCUACAUUCACAAUGACCAAUACUGUGCCGCAGUAUAUCAGCUUUAAUAAUGGUAGUUGGCGUAUCAUGGAGGAAAAUGUUAGAAAUGUCAUGGAUUCUCACUGCCGUGACAAAGACAACCCUACUAAUACCUUAGCAUAUGUGCUGACAGGAGCUGUGUCAAGCCCUGCCAACCUCUUGAAUAAAAGAGUUAACAUUCCCUCACACAUGUGGACAGUGUUCUGCUGCUAUAAUGGUACAGCAUGGGUGUCUCAAGCUCACUGGGAUGAAAACAAAGGAAGUAAUGUAAACACAAUCAAUGCAAAAUCUCUGGACAAAUUUCAGUCUGAGUUUCUGCAGAAAAAAUAUGGUCCAGGAUUCAUACCGUUCAACGGGGGAGCCUGUGGGAAGAGGGAACCUAUAGGAGCCACUAGACUGAGGGUCUCUGGUGGAGCUGAAGGGACUCCCCAGAGACAGCACAGGGCUGCAAGCAUCCAGCAGUGA